GGAAAUUAGCCGAAGUCGAUCGCAUUAUAGGAUCCGGAGCCCCGUUUCUGCCCUCUUCUUUCCCUCUCCAACUAAAAGUUAGGAGAUGCAUCUGUGGCCAACCCUAAAGAUACGGGACUCGUUCAAGCAGGCAUACCUCUGCAAGCUGGAAUGGAAUCUGGAGCGCAUCAAGCGGAGCAAACAACCCACCUCCUCCGCCUCCGACCAACCCCUCCUCCUCGCCGCUUCCAAAUCCCAAUCCCAAGAGGAGGGGCCCGGUCACUCCGCUUCCAAGCUUCUUACUGAUCUCCUCGCCUUCGCAGGCGACCUCCUCGUCAUCCUCACCUGCUGCUUGUGCUGCCGUGCAGAACUGUUGUUGCAUGGAGCAGUGAGUUGAAUGCGAGCAUGGCAUCUGCAGCUGGAGCCUAUGAUAUAAUAGUAAGGAGCUUCCUAGGCUCACUUACAAAAAGUGUCAAAAAUACACUUUUUUUUGUGCAUCUUUUUCAGAAUGUUUAUCGGAAGGUUACCGCAUUAUAUUGUCUGAACUCAGAUGUUUGUCAUCUGGAGUCUGAAUAUAGCAGGUGAGAUUGGUAUAUUGUCUUGAGUAACUGUUGUAAUAUAGCUUGACAAAGCUGCAGCCCUGGUGACAUUUGUGACAUUAGAUGUUGCUAGGACGUGUGAGGAGACAUCAAAUAUUUCUUCGCACAUAAGGUUUAUAAAAUGAGCAUAUGUUG